AUGGCGAUUUCAGAUUUUUAUUCAGCGCAUCCAAAUUACAAGACAAGGUUGGGACUGAGGUUCAAGGAUGUACAGGACGUGAUUGAUGUUGAUCUUGCAGUUCUAGAGUUAGUGGAGCAGGAACAAGUGCACGGAGUUAUAGUCUCUCAGGGUUCAGCAGGUGAAACAUUUGUUGCCGAACUUGGCAGAAAAUCUCAGGUGCUGAUUUUUUCAUUUGGUCCAAGAGACUUGCUCCUGCCUGGCUUGGAUAACCCCUACUUCAUCAAGACAUAUGCUGAUGAUGCAGUUCAAGCACAGGCGCUUGCUGCCAUCUGCAGGGAAUUCAUGUGGAAGGAAGCUGUGAUCGUCUUUGAGGAUACAGACUAUGGCUACCAAUUUCUAUCUCGUCUGAUAAAGGCAUUCCGGGAUGCUAAAAUUGUGCUGGCCCAUCUGGCAGCCUUGCCGGUUUCUGUCGAUGAUAGCCGUCUCUCCAAGGAGCUCGAGUUUCUAAAGCAAAACCUUACGGUCAAGGUUUUUCUGGUGCACGUAGGGCCCACGCUCGGUGUCCGGCUGUUCACACGCGCCGAGAAGCUUGGGAUGAUGAGUGAAGGGCAUGCAUGGGUAAUCACCGACAGACUUUCCAACUUCCUGGGUUAUGUGGGCCCCUCCACCCAUGCCCUGAUGGAAGGCGUGGUGGGGUUGAGGGCCCCCAUUCCCUUCUCCAGGGACCUUGAGAGUUUCCGGGAGAGAUGGGAGGGGAACGACUCGGAUUUGAACAUCCAUGGGCUGUGGGCUUAUGAUACAGUAACCGCCUUAGCAAUUUCGUUAGAGAAGAUUGGACAGGAAAAUUCGAGAAUCCCGUCUCUUGGUCCUCUGUUCCUAAAGGAAUUGUCUGGGAAUAGGUUCCCAGGCUUGAGCGGAGACUUUGAAUUUCUCGAAGGGAGGCUGAAAACCCGGACAGUUGAGAUAUUCAAUGUGGUUGGGAGUGGAGAGAAAAGUCUGGGAUCCUGGACGCCAGGUGGGGGAAUCUUGAAGGAACUCAGGAAGGUCAUGUGGCCAGGAGAUUCCACAAAGCAGCCAAAGGGCUGGUCAGUCCUACCAUCGGGAGUGCUCAGAGUUGGGAUCCCCUGCGACUCGGGGGCCCCGGAGUUUGUCAAUAUCUCAGCAGCUUCUAGUGAUCCUUUGAAUGAUUCAAAUAUCAGCGGGUUUGCAGUGGACGUGUUCUUGGCCGCAUUACGUGAGCUGCCUACGCCAAUUGACCAUGGAUUCUGUUGUUUUGGUGAUGCGGAGAACGCUAAUUGGAGUUAUGACGACCUGCUAGAUCAGAUAGAGAAAUGCGAUAUGGUGGUAGCGGAUGUGACCAUUUGGGCGCCACGGACAUCACAUGUUGACUUCUCGCUGCCCUAUCUCGAGUCGGGAAUUGUUCUGGUCGUCAAGAAGAAGACGAUUGGCAUGUGGAGUUUCACCAGGCCGUUGAGGUGGGAUCUAUGGCUGGCGAUCUUUGUAUCGUGGGGUAUGGUCUCAAAUAAUCGCUCGAAAUUUGUGCUGGUUUGCUGGGUGUUCAUGGCAUUCAUACUGAUGCAGAGCUUCACGGCGAAUUUAUCAGCUAUUCUGACCAUUGAUCAGCUGAAAUUUGCAUUUUCGGAGGAUUACUUUUUGGGUUACCGUAGGAGUUCCUUCACUGAGAAGUUUCUGGUGAAGAAUCUGAAUAUUGAUAAAUCGAAGCUCAGGGGCUAUACGACUGACGAAGAAUUCCACGAUGCUAUGAGUAGAGGAAGCAAGAAGGGUGGUGUUGAUGCCAUCUUUGACGAGACUCCUUACAUUAAGCGUUUCAUGAAUAAAUAUAAAUCUCAAUACAAAAUUGUCGGUCCAACUUACAGAACAGACGGUCUUGGCUUCGUAAGUUUUUUGCUUUCGUCAACUUCUGGUGCAUUUUUCCAUUUUACUUUUCGGGUCACUACAAUUUGCUGUCCAGCCAAUGUAUCACGAGACAGUGAUGCUGAUGGAGAUAUUUUUGAGGAUGCUUUGGAUUAUGAGGCUAAUGAUGUUCAGUAG